UAAGAAAAGUAGCAAACAGAAAUGGGUUGUGCAGCAAAAAUGAAGAUGAUCAGCAGGAGUAUUUGCCUGAAUUUUCUUCUAUGUUUUACGGUAGUCAUGUGUUUCUUUUCACAUACUGCUAUUGCUGCUAUGAAAUGCAAGUCUGGUGAGACAUUUGCCUCAACUGGCACUUUGGUUUGCCUCACUUGCAACCCUCAAUGUGCAAGCGCUUGUCCCAAGGGCAGUACAGUUACCAAAACCAAUUGUGUUCCAAUCAGGUUCCUAGACACACCUUUGUGUGAGUGUUGCUGUAAAAUGCCACCGCCACCACCACCCCCACCUUCACCCCCACCACCACCGCCGCCUCCCUCCCCACCCCCGCCAUCACCACCACCAUCACCUCCCCCACCAUCUCCAUCACCACCCCCACCAUCACCACCACCACCGUCGCCAUCACCCCCACCACCUCCCAGCUGCCCUCAAGUCUGUCCAAGUGAGUUUGAGUUCCAGUCGUCACCUGACCAGCCACCGUGCACAUAUAAGCUGGCUAGUCAGAUCAUGAUUAUGUAAAGGAAUUGUUAAAUAUAGCUAGCUAGCCAAAUAUGCUACUAGAGCUAGCUUAUCGUUAUAUCUGUCAUCAGUCUGGUGUUACAGAGAGAUGUUGUAUUUGCAUUAAUUGUGUUUCGAAAUAAGAAUGUGAUGGGUCCGUAUAAAUCGCUAGUAAUGGUAAGAAGUUACUUGGACAGCCAUGACUGGAUCAUGACAAUGGAUUCAGUAAUUCUUACUAGCUAGUUAUUUUCGGAGAACAGUAUCAUGUAUCGAAGAAUUAAUACUCAAUAAAAAUAAUUAUUUUGAUAAA